AUGGGAAAUGGAAUGAAUAAGGUGCUACCCGGCCUUUACGUGGGUAACUACAGGGACUCCAAGGACAUAGUGCAGCUGGACAAAUACAAAAUUACACACAUACUGUCCAUACACGACGCGGCUAGAAGGCUGCACUCCGACAAACACUACCUCUGUAUAAUGGCAUCGGACUCCCCGGAUCAGAACCUCACUCAAUAUUUCAGUUUGUGCAACGACUUCAUACAUGCGGCUCGUCUCAGGGAUGGCAAUGUACUUAUUCACUGGUGA